AUGUCCAUAGAAGUUGACUGGGGCGCCGCGACCUCCGGUCCCGACGGAGAGGCUCUGGCCGAGCGCAUCCGCUCUUUCAUUCAUGACAAGUUCCAGCAGGUUGCUCUGCCACGCUUUAUCCGAUCAGUGCAAGUUCAUUCUUUCGACUUCGGGACGAUUCCGCCUGAGCUCGAGAUCAAAGACCUUUGCGAGCCGUUCGCCGACUUCUAUGAAGAAGAUGAAGAUGAUGAAGCGUCUGAUGUAUCCGAGGGGCUUGUCUCCGGGCACGGUUCGCCGUGGCAUGGGACUCAUCCAGAGCUCAAUGAAUCCUCUUUCCGCGACGACAAUGCGAUAAAUCAAUCGCUGCGUGAUCCGUUCACCGAAGGCUUUCAACCCUCGGCCUUGCGGUCUCCCAUAGCUCUUAGCGACCAUCUCAACCCGCAUUUCCGCUCCGGCACUCCUGGUAUACCCGGAGGUACAUCGACCCUAGGCUACCAUCUGAUGUCACUUGGUGGACUUUCAGGAACGCAGACACCCCUUGCUGCAGUUGCAGGCGGAUCCCCGUUCGCAGGCGGAUGGAAUGAUUCUGGGAUGAUGGGCCCUGGGAAUAGGGGGCGUCCACCGCCUCCAAUUUUUACUGCCCACCAAUCGCGUCCGGAAGCCGACAUUGACAGCAGUAAUCCGACUUCGCGACCAUCAACAUCCAGCACGUUACCUUCUCAUCCGUCCGGGUCCAAUAAGAACAGUGGUGAUGGAGCAGGCGGUCCUGACCAUGGAUCACACCCCGAAGAGCAUGGGCAUUUAGAUGACCCUACUUCGGAAGAGCCUCUGCGAUUUCCUCGAAUGAGAGAGCGCCGGCCCGAGGACUUCCAAGUACUGUGCCACGCCAAAUACGCGGGUGAUGUGCGGCUGUCAUUAACAGCGGAAAUUCUUCUGGACUAUCCCAUGCCCAGUUUCGUUGGACUACCCUUGAAACUAAAUGUUACAGGGAUCACGUUUGAUGGUGUUGCAGUGGUCGCGUACAUCCGCAAGCGGGUCCACUUCUGCUUCCUGUCAUCCGAAGACGCGGACGCGUUGAUUGGGUCUGAUCAGCCGGAUGUAGGUGCUCAAGCCGAGUAUUCACGUUCUGGCGGGGAUGCGACCGUCUCUGCAAAGCGGCAAGGUGGACUGCUGCAAGAAAUCCGAGUUGAAAGUGAGAUUGGCCGGAAAGAAGAUGGCAAGCAAGUCCUCAAGAACGUCGGCAAGGUGGAACGGUUUGUGCUCGCACAGGUGCGGCGGAUAUUCGAGGAGGAGCUCGUCUAUCCUAGUUUCUGGACAUUCCUGGUCUAG